AUGUGGGUCCAACUCUUCGGUCUGUUGACCGUAUCUCUUCUCGCCUUCGCGGGAGAAAGUGAAUUGGCAUUUUCAAAACAACUCGUCGCUGAGGGUCUGAAUUCUUCCUCCCUCCGUGUGGCCUGGGAGCCACACAGUUCUUCAUCGGAAUGGGGACGCCAGUACCUGUUUCGUCUUUACAAGCGCGUCUUUGAGAACAACUUAAAGAUGGUCAAGACGGGCAACGGUGCAGGCAAACUGGAACCGUCUUCCAUCUACAAUUUCACUAUCACUGCCGUCGAUACGAGUGGUCGACCUGUACAACCUGCGGUAUUCGCUGCCACGGGAACGACCGCAAAUGACAUAUUCUACGGAGAAUUUGAAGCGAAACUCGAACACAAGCCUAGGUGA